ACGCAUUUACAAUUUAUAAUUGUACACUUUAGAAGAACAUAUUGACGAUUUAAGUGUUAUAGGAAGGCUACAGCCGCAGCAUACAAAAACGACUUGUAGUAGAACGCCGACAGAUUGAAAACACCCGCACAUUAAAAGUGAUUGCCGAACGUUGAAAGCCAAUCACCGACAGUCGUUGACAUUGAUAAGUUUCGUUGCCGCGUUCGACUAAAACGUAAACGCUGCCAUUAAGCCGGUUGCUACAAUAUGUUUAUAGCUUCCAAGCUGAAUGAAGUAGAGCUUCCUAGCGCAUUUUUUGCUUGCGUGUUUUGCCGCGUAGGCGAGUACGCGCACCUGAGUCUGGUAAAUUCGCCGGUGUUGCGAGCUCGUUAAGCGACAGCUAAUGCCACCCGCAGCACACCUGCUCGCAACUCGCUUAUGCUAACCGCGCGUCGCAGCGCGAGUACCCGCCACAACUACUAAUGAGCUUGCGCGUAUCACCGAUGACAGCACUUGGCGCUGCUUCGCGUCAAUUGCCGCGUCGCGCCAACAGUUGCUGAAUACGGCGAACGUGGUUAUCAGCGUAAUUGCGAAGCAUUUGCAUACUGUUUGUGUGGUGGAUGGGAAAAAAAUUAUGGAAAAAAAAAAAGAAAAGACAAAAAUAAUAACAAUAUUCAGCAGCGAAAGGGUACGCGCACUAAUCGGAAGUUUUGAAGGUGGCGGUGUCUGUGACGCCAGACGCGCUCAGCCAGACAACGCUCGACGUGGCAGUACUUAAAACGCCUCGAAGGUGCUCGGUGGCAUCAUUGUGCCAUUAGAAUCUCAAGCGUGAACAGCAAGGCGAGAGGAACAAAAUAAGAUUUUAAAUAAUAUUUUCAAAUCCCAAACAAAAACAUACAACAAAUUCGAACACAGUAUGAAAUUCGUGCUAAAUCUGUGCUUGGUCGCCUGCUUCAUUGCCGCACUGCAAGCGGCCGCGGUGGAGCCUUCGACAACAAAGUCCGUAGCCCAUGAUGUACCAACCACAGUCACAGCAGAGGAUGCUACCAACGAUUAUGUUCCCGAUGUAUGCUACCAGCCUAAGGAAAUCGGUCGCUGCUUUGGUAUUUUCCCUCGUUUUGCCUUCAAUUUGAAUAAUCGUCGUUGUGAGAAGUUCGUUUAUGGCGGUUGUGACGGCAAUUCGAACAAUUUCGAGAGCAAAGCGGCUUGCGAAAGUGUAUGCUUGUAUAAGCAUGAUGAAUUAUCAGACGAAGAUAGCUCGACUACAGAGAAUACCAGCGAUGAUGCUGAGCCAGCACCUGUAAUUCCCGCUGAUGAACAACCAGCUGUUGCAGCUUAAAGCCGCUGAGAAGCAAUUUUGCGAAAUAUGUAUUUAGUAUUAUAUGCCGUUGAUUUACAAAAAUAUUGUUGUUAAAAUUUUGUGAAACGUGUGAAAUUGGUGUGAAAAUAUAACUUAUUAAAUAAAUAAGUAAACAUUGAAUUAUAUAAGCAAGAA